AUGACUAACAAUUGUGUCUAUUUUUUUACAUUUAAGGUCCCACAAGAAACAAUUUCAAGAGGGCAGCCUAAAGGAGACAUGAAAUUUUUUCUUCCUACCUUUGACACCGCAAUUACUUCAAAAGCAAUGCCCCUUGGCUACUUAUUUGUAAAAGAAGACCCUUCCACAAUGCCUGAUCCUAAAUUAAUCUGUGACUACAAAAACUGCACGCAAUUAUCAACAACCAAUGUCAAUCGCCUUAACUGUUUUCACACAUUUCACAAUUUUUGUUUAGAAGAAGCUGGAGACCAGUGUCCAAUCUGUUCCCCUCACCUUGCUGAAAAAAUUGCAGAAAUCUGUUCAGCAUUUAAUGAAAGCUUGUUGAAACCAACAGCAAAAUCUACUAGAACCCCACAAAGCAAUCAAGAACCUGGUAGUAAUGAUGAGAAUGACAGCAUUAAUGUCAAAAGAAAUUGUGACCCUGAAUACUAUGACUCUGCACAAUGGGAAUCCGACAUUGACAGCGAGUUAUAUUCAUUUGUUGUUGCACAGCCACAACUGCGACACAAUGUUCCUAAUCACCAGGCUGCACCUUCACAGGCAAUUGACAUCCAAGUUACCACUCAUCCAGUUGGUUCAUCUACAUUUUGGUUCUUUCCUCCUUACAUAUCUCAGUCAACUCUACUUGGAAGAAAUGGAUCUAAUGCAUGUACUUUUAUCGCACUAAUUUUGGCCCAUUCAUAUAUCACUUCUGCAAACCGAACCAGUAUACAGCUCAGCCGUGGUCCUCCCAUAAACCCUCAUUGGCUUUCAAUGAUGUUAUCUGCAAUUGUUCGUGGCAACAGCAUAUAUGACACUGUGACAAAUGGUUGCGGGUCUCCAUUCUUUAGUGUUGUUGAGGCAAAACCACAUCUAGAUUCAGUCAUUGGGACUGUUUCUCUUGAAGACACUCUCGAUCUGUCAAUUACAUCAGCUAAUCCACAGGUUCCUCAAAGUUCACUUGCAUUUUAUCUGCAAAGGCUUGAUCGCGAACAGAACUUAGCAGCAAUAGUCAUAGCUAAUGGAAUGACAAUAUCUCUCGUCGGACACGAUUCAAAGAUCUAUGUUCUAGAUAGCCAUCUACACUAUGCACACGGCCAUAACUUUGGAGCGAUGAUCGGAAUGAUUCCCAAGGCUGACUUGGAAGAAUUCCUCAGGAAUAUAAAGAAACUAAUCUCGCCCACAUUUGAUGUUUGCUCCCUGACAUUUGUCUCGUUUUCACGGCAGCAGUAGAACUUUUGAGUUUAGAGUGACAGCAAAUCCCACAAACGCCGUCAAAGUUGAGGAUUUUACCCUCGAUCCAGCAAAAAAUCUUCCUGGAACCUUAACACGAGUAUAUUUUCUUGGUGUAUGUGUAAUUUUUUGCUCCUGUUAAGUCCAUUUAGAGCCAAACGUUUGUGUUUAUUAUAACAGCUUUGGGAAACUCGUGUUUCGUUCGCCAUUUUGAAUGACUCUUGUCUCGCGCAUGCGCAGUCGUUCUGCCGCGGUGUCUGCACUGAGUGAUGUUAAAUGACGAAUGACAGCUUGCCUAAGGCAAGUCCCUUUUAAAGUGCGCGUUCGUGUUUAAAGGCGACUGCAGCAACCUCUAUACAAUCUCUUAAACUAAUCCUAGAUUUUCACACACGGCACUCUUGAAAGCAUUAUUUUAAUGUAUUUUAUCUAUAUAGCUUAGAUUAGAUAAUUAUAAGAUAACUAUAACUGAGAGUAGUAUACCGUGUCUAAUUAAAGCUUUACUACUACUACAGCAUCAUGUACUGCCAGCAUUCUGUAUCUCUGAUAACGAAGUCAAUAGAAAUAAUAUAAAUUACUUAGAUAUGGUGCUACAAACCGGAAAAAAGAGCCAGAAAGACGCGGGUGGUCUGCGCCGAUUUUACAGUGGAGACCAAAGACUGAGGACUGCAGGCGCUAAGAGUAGAGGAGGCCCAGUAUGACAGCAUAGUUGUGCUAGCCUUGCUGGAAAAAAGCGAUUACAAGAGGAAAGGACCGAAAGAAAAGGGAGAUGGAAGACAUGCUGGCGGAGCUACUCGAGGAGGUCGAACAAAAAGAGCAAUGCCAGGUAGACGAGAGACCCGCACCCCAAGAACAGAACCAAGGGAGGUAAGGCCCAAACUCGGCGAGUGCCCUGACGACAGCAAGGACCCGGAAAAGAUGCACCUUCUGCUUCGGGGAGCACGAAGAGGACAAAUGCUCCCAAGUAAAGUGCCCAAAGGAUAGAAUUGUUUUGCGUUUCAACAAUUUAUUUGCUUUUUCAUAGCCAUCGUCCACUCCUAUUGUGACAAAACAGUUCUCAACAUAACUGAGCUGACACAAGAGUGGAGAAACUUGAUGGUCCUUACUGAUGCACUUGCUGCCAUUCACUGAGACAAAUCAAUAAAUUAAGAAUCAAGAUAAUGUUCUGAAAGAAAAAGGCAGUUAAAUGCCAGUUUUAUUCGUCAUUCCAGUAAAUACUGUACAAGCUAGCUAUAUCAAUGUAAUUCGUUCUCCUUUUUCUCCAAGAUCUAACAAGGAUAUUCUGCAGGCUAAUACGAAUUCCAGAAUGCAGAGGGCACUACCAUAACACAUAGUUUUCUGGUGUGGAAAUUCAUUUAGAAUCAUCAAGAUCGUUGACUUUUAAGUGUGUAAGAUCAUAAGACAUCAAUGCAAGGAGUUUCCUAAACUGGCUACGCAGCAAUCACGACAGCACGGUAGCAAUUAAUGAUUAGAGCUUGGAUUUGGAUUGUGAUGGUAAAAAAAGUGAGAUGGUGACGAACAAGCCGUAGCCAGCAGAAUAAGAGGGGUCACAGAGGUUUUUUUUUCGUUAAAACGAAAAUAAUGAGCUUCAAUGUUCCAUUAGAUAUUUUCAAGCAUUAUAUUAUUAAAAUGUUGGUGCAAUUCGUAUCCCGAUAAUCCUGCCUUCACCAGUUUCUUGUUUUAUUCGAGGGAUUACCUUGCAGAGUUUUGGCAAAGGAGAAGAGGUUCGACAGUUUAAUCGUCAUUAUUGCUUGCGCACAUUCUCAAAUAAAAUAAUGGUACAAGAGCAUUUUUCUCAUUUUACACAAGAACCUCCUCCUAAAAAAAAAAAAAACGCUAGCUAGCACACCUCCUCAUUUCCGUGAAAUCGGUUGUGUGAUCCUCUGGGCUCGAGAAUCGAGGAGCUUCAGAAGUAAGAUUUCACUUCACUGUUGUUAAAGAGAAAAAUGGUCUGAGAAAGGAGCUGAGAAAGGAAAAAUAACCCUUCCUUCAGCACAAAAAGCCUUUUUGAGACAUUGAGGCAGAAGCUUAAUUUCCAAAAAGGUAGAGGUUUAUAAAGCAAAUGUACUGCGUUUCUUUUUUUCUACAAUUAGGCUAUCAAUAAUGUCACAAAUAAUUUCAGGCAAAACAUGAUGGAGACGUUUUUGGAUUCAGCGUAUUAUGAGAUAAAGAUGGUAGAUUGCUCCAUCCUGUCUUCGAUCUAUUGUAUACAGAAAGAAAGAAAAGUCUAAAAUGCAAUCCUCCCUAUUACGGAAUUUGAAAAGGUCAAUCUAUAAAUUGUUUUAAUUCUAACUUGUUAAUAGGCACAUAAGUAUAAAACAAAAAUAUCGAAUAGACAAGUAAUAUUAAUAACUCAUUCAAAUAAAAUGUCUCUCCAUACAUUUGAUAUCAAGUAACAUCUUAUUUAAUUAAUUUGUUACUCAAACAAAGUAUAAGCCAACCGUUAUCAGCUUAUUAAUAGCCCCGCACCACAUCUUAAACAUUACUCACAACAUGGCCCCUUUCUAUAAUUGUAUUCAACGCCAUUGAUUUCCCAUUUUGUAGUCUUUUUUGUUAUUAUUGUACAAUGUUAUGCAUGUUUUUGUGUCAUCACUGUUAGGGAAACUAGAGUAAUUACCUUGUCACGGUGAUAACUAGUAACACACUGACAGAAAAAAUAUGCCAACUUCUCUUGGGUUAUUAUCCUAUUUUAAGGGUAUGUGUGAGUCAGAAAAACUAGAAGCAGCAGCCGAACAAGACGUAUUAGCUGAAACAGUGCAGGUACUGUAUUUUUUUUAUUUGAAAUUGACGGGAUUCUGUGACGCAGAUUGGGGUGCGUCUGUGAAAGGAUACAAUUCACAGGAUACAAUUUUCAGUUGACCCAUUUAUUUUGUAAAAAAAGUAGAAAUCAAUAGAAAGAAGCUUUAUCUACUUUUGAGGACGAGUUUAUUUAUUUCACUAGCUAAUGAUGUACAAUGAGCAAAGUCUUCGAAACAAUUAUGCACUGACAUGGGUAUCGCAUAGAAAAUGUACUCAUCAAAUGUAGAUUUUUACGAAGCAAUCAAUUCAGCUAAGAAUCCAAUUAAUCAUCAGAAAAAAACAGACAUUAAGUAUCAUUUUAUAACAAAGGAGAUACAGAAUGGGAAUGUAAGUACAGUAUGUUCCGACAGAUGAGAAUGUCUAUGUCAUAUUUACCAAGCCAGCUUCUAAAGUUAAGCUGGACAAAUUCAAUGUUUUGACUAUGGUAAUUAAAAUGUUCGUGACAUCAGGAACAAGUGGAGGUGUUAGAAUACGUGUCCUAGAGUCAUGACCACACGACUUAGCACGCAUAGUACGUGAUUACCUGAUUAACCGCAGUUUUACUGAUUAAGUAACAAGAUAAGUAGACACGCCUGUUCUAGUGAAUUCAACCAAUUUAAAGUAAACUACGAUUUACGUACAGUAAUGACUGAAACGUUAUAGAAAACGCCUUUAUACGCCUCACAUAUUAUGUAUAUAUAUGAUGAACACUUACAACAUUGUGUAUACAUACGACCAAGAAGGCAACAUGCUUUUGUACUUCUACCCUAAGCAUGCGCUCAGGCAUUUAAACCCCUUGGGAUGCAUUCUUUCAUCAGGCCUUGUUUGUGUAGAAGACACAUUCUUUUUCCUUAAAGACCCCAAGAGAAACAUUGCUGCUGGGUGCCAUCGCAUGACAGAGCAACAAAUGCAGUUUUGACCUGAAUUCUGAAC